UCUUUUGUUAAUGUAAUGCAUGUUUUAGGGGGGUUACCGCUGCUGUCUUUAAGGGGUGCGGGAGUGUCAGAUUUCCUCGUCAAAUUUAGCCACCAUGAAGCACAUCCAGGAUUUGAGGGCGGACACCGCUGCAUGUGACACCAGGGGCUCGACCAAAGCUGGUUUUUGUGUCCUAAAGAUAAAAUGGAUGGAGGUGGUAAACCGGUAUCCAUGUUGUGCCUCAUUGCAGAUGAACGAUCCAGCAUGGAAUAUAUGUGUGUAUAUAUAAAAAGAAGAAACGCUAAAGAUCAGGCUGAUGUCGAUCAGGGAGCAUGCAUGCGUCUGCAAGCUCCACUCCAUGGAUGUGUUAGUGCGCAAAGACGUGGUAAGCUCCACCUCGGUGCCUAAAAUGGCAGCGGGGGUUUUUGCAGUGCAGAUGCAGCCUCUCCAGCUCCUUCCGGCAGAGAUGCAGCAGGAGAUCCUCCUCCUCGUGUGUCGUCAUCGGGUCUCGCCCAGUGAAAUCAUCGGCGAGAAAACAUCUGAGGAGAAAAAAAAGAAGCCGAGCCAAGCGGCCGGAGCAAGCCGGCUUCACAGGCUUUCAAUGCGGGGCUCGUUUUCGAUUUACAUUUUUUCUCCUUUUAACCCGGUGAUAAAUUAAAGGAGAUGAGGGGACUCCUGACAUUUUACCGGGGCCUGCACACCCUGAGUAACCGUCAAGCCAGACGCAAAGCCGGGAUUGUCGGUUCUCGGUGCGGGUUUUGCGGAACUCAGUCUAAUAGCAAGCCGCAGCCAAGCUUCGGGCUGUUGUUCGACAUCGAUGGCGUGCUCGUCCGCGGAAGGAUGCCGAUCCCUGCUGCGAAAAAGUCGUUCGAGAAGUUGGUCGACUCUCAGGGACAAUUUGUGGUGCCGGUUGUUUUUGUCACAAAUGCAGGGAACUGCCUCCGACAAACUAAAGCAGACCAGCUCUCUCAUAUCCUGGGAGUGCCUAUUACACAAGACCAAGUAAUCAUGUCUCAUAGUCCCCUGAGGAUGUUUAAGAAGUUUCAUGACAAGUGUGUGCUGGUGUCAGGACAGGGACCUGUUCUGGAAAUAGCUAAAAAUGUGGGCUUUAAAAAUGUUGUCAGUAUUGAUAUGCUGAGAGAAUCUUUCCCAUUGCUGGACAUGGUGGACCACAACAGGAGACCUAAACUGCCGUCCAAUCCUGUUGGAAACCUUCCUAAGGUCGAAGCUGUGAUUCUUUUCGGGGAGCCAAUUCGAUGGGAGACCAACCUUCAGCUUAUUGUUGAUGUUUUGUUGACCAAUGGUAACCUCAGCAGUGUUCACAAAACCCAAACGACGCCUCACCUCCCCCUGCUGGCCUGCAACAUGGACCUCAUGUGGAUGGCCGAGGCACAUUCUCCACGGUUUGGCCACGGGACAUUUCUUGUGUGCCUCGAGAACAUCUUUAAGAAGAUAACAGGUAAAGACCUGAAGUAUGACGCUCUCAUGGGGAAACCCAGUGAGCUGACCUACCACUUUGCAGAAUACCUCAUCAGGAGCCAGGCUAUGCAGAGGCAAUGGAAACUUCCCAUCACUUCCCUUUAUGCUAUAGGGGACAACCUUAUGACUGACAUCUAUGGUGCCAAUCUAUAUAACCGCUACCUGGAGGAGAGAGUUGCUAGAAAGAACCCCAAAGCCAUUGCUAAGAGGGCGGCUGCCACAGGGUCCACCACUGCCGUGCCCCAGGAGGAGGAGAUCGACAAUUUGUGGGAGAGCGAGUUAGCGCUGCCAUCUGCCACUUCCUGUAAGUCUGUCCUAGUCUGCACAGGGGUCUACAACCCCAAAGCGGAGGUGCCAUCAGAUGCAGAUCACUGCAUCAAAGAGACUGUGUUCCACGGGCACCGGGACUUCAGAUUUGACCCUGCGUUGGUAGAGCCGGGGCACAUUGUGCAGGAUGUGGCAGAAGCUGUUGACCUCAUCUUUGAGCAGGAGAAGUUUGUGCCUCAGUAGAGUUUUGAGCCAACAGGUUUUAUGUUAUCAAAGAGGUUGGUGGUAGGGGGGUGCGGGGUUAAACUGGGUAUACUACUUAAUGCAUAAACCUGUAGGAGCCUAACACUGUGGACAUUGUUUAACCGCCUUACAGGGCUUUGACAGAAUAUCUUCUAAAUCUUCUAAACUCUCAACAUUGAGACAAACUUGAGAGAAAUUGAAUCGUGUAAACUAAGUGGCAACAGCUCUUUUAUAUUGUUUUUGUGAUAGUCUUCAAUUACCUGUUUUCAUUAAGGAAAAGUGUGAGAACGGCCUUAUUUGAUCCUUAUAAGUAUUUUUUUAGACGAUAGUAAUGUUUUACAAAUCCUGAAAUCAUCUUAUAUUUAUUACAAAAAAAGUAAAUGUUUUUAAGAAGCAUAUUCAGAAAACAUUUGACUUUUAUUCUCAAGGUAACUUUUUAUUAUUGCAUUUUUAGUCAUUUGUUUACCUGUUUAUCCUGGAAAAUCUAUGCAUGAUUAUGAGAGUAAUACUUGUACUGUAAAAAAAGCAACAGUUUGAUGUGCAAUAUUGUCCUGUAAUAGUGCUGUCUGUCUGCAUUUUGUCUUGACCAGUAUUUGCACACAUCAGACUUUCAUCCUCCUUAAAUGUUACCAUAUCAUCCUGCAUUUGUUUUUUUUAUGCUUUCAUUUUAACUCCAGAAGCAAAAGCUGAGUAGACAUUUAUUUAGAUAGAAGUACAAUGCCAAUCCAAAGCUUUUACCGCAGCAUAUUUGACCAUUUGUAGUAACUCACUCAUUGUAAAUACUGUAACUUAAGAAAAUAUAAGGAAAUGUUACAUAC